AUGGCGGCCCCUAGGGGCGUGCGGAGUCCGGGCUGGAGCAGGCACCACAAGGUCUCAGGCUGUGCAGACAAAUGGAACUCAACCAUUAAGCAAAACUGGGAACUCAGUUUAUAUGAAUUACAACGAACACCUCAGGAGGCAAUAACGGAUGGCUUGGAAAUUGUGGUUUCCCCUCGAAGUCUACACAGCGAAUUAAUGUGUCCAAUUUGUUUGGAUAUGUUGAAGAACACCAUGACUACAAAGGAGUGUUUGCACCAGUUUUGUGCAGACUGCAUUAUCACAGCCCUCAGAAGUGGCAAUAAAGAAUGUCCUACAUGUCGGAAAAAGCUAGUUUCCAAAAGAUCACUAAGGCCAGACCCGAACUUUGAUGCACUCAUCAGCAAAAUUUAUCCAAGUCAUGAUGAGUACAAAGCUCAUCAAGAGAGAGUAUUAGCCAGAAUUUAUAAGCACAAUAAUCAGCAAGCACUCAGUCACAGCAUUGAGGAAGGACUGAAGAUACAGGCCAUGAACAGACUACAGCGAGGCAAGAAACAACAGACUGAAAAUGGCAGUGGAGCAGAAGACAAUGGUGACAGUUCUCACUGUAGUAAUGCAGCCACACACAGCAAUCAGGAAACAGGGCCUAGUAACAAACGGACCAAAACAUCAGAUGAUUCUGGGCUUGAGCUUGAUAACAAUAAUGCAACAGUGGCAACUGAUCCAGUAAUGGAUGGUGCUAGUGAAAUUGAAUUAGUGUUCAGGCCUCAUCCCACAUUGAUGGAAAAAGAUGACAGUGCACAGACAAGAUACAUAAAGACUUCUGGUAAUGCCACUGUUGAUCACUUAUCCAAGUAUCUGGCUAUGAGGUUAGCUUUAGAAGAACUUCGAAGCAAAGGAGAAUCAAACCAAAUGAACCUUGAUACAACCAGUGAGAAGCAGUAUACCAUUUAUAUAGCAACAGCCAGUGGGCAGUUCACUGUAUUAAAUGGCUCUUUUUAUUUGGAAUUGGUCAGUGAGAAAUACUGGAAAGUGAACAAACCCAUGGAACUUUAUCAUGCACCCACAAAGGAGAACAAAUGAGCUUUUACUAAAACCAAUAUGGAGAAUGAACU